GUGUUUCAGUUUCAGUUUUCAGUUUAGUUAUGAGGAGGGUUAGGCCUACCCUACAUGUAUGUAGUUUGUAGUGUCUGCUUUCUGCUACCGUGCUACUUAGCUUAUACAAUGCUUACUGCCGUGGUCGUAACUAAAUAUUCUGUUCUUUUACGUUGCUAUGUUGAUGGUAAAGUGUAGGCCUACCCAAAAAUCUAGACACUGACACAACACAUCGAAACAAGUUUGUUGUUUUCCUAUUGCAGCUAAGUUAGGCCUUGGGCCUUGGUUUCACCAUUGUAAAGACGCCAACAUUAGCCUAGGCCCAUACUUCGACAUUAGUAAGGAAAUGUGAAUGCAAUCAAAACAUUUCCAAAGUAAAGGCCUAUAGGUCUGUGGUGCAAACUCUGGUCGUUAAAUUAGAUUUUGUGCAGUUCUUUGAGCCUAUAACAGUGCUUUAACAAAUGGAAGAAAAAAUUUCUAUAAGAGAAUCAGCCAAAUCUCUUAAGAAGUAUGGGAGUAUCAAUUACCAUCAGAAAAGGCCAGAACAUUAUAUUAAACACACAGUGUCAAAAACAGACACCCUUCAAGGCAUUGCAUUAAAAUAUGGCUCUACUACUGAACAGAUACGCCGAGCUAACCGCUUGUGGACCAAUGACAGUUUGUUUCUCCGUGAAACUCUUUUAGUGCCUGUACACAGCGAAGGGGCUUCCUCACCAAGUGAAAUUGUACUAGGAGACAGUAGUUUAUCCUCGCCCAGUAGUAUAUCAAACAAUAACAAUAGCGUGGACUCGGACAGCAGUUACAAUGACUUUCUUUGCAAAAUAGACUGUUCAAUAGCAAAUACAAGAAGUCAAGUCAUGCUAGCACAGGGAAACAGUAAAAUCCAAGAAGAGGAGACUCUGUUUGUACGCAGAAAGCCCAUGUCGCGGCUAAGACAGCAGCAGAGUGGGGAAGUGCCGCUUGUGAUGACGCAGGGCCGCCGCGUACGCAACUCUCUCCAGCGACUUGAGCAACAACAAGACGAGAUGUUCGAGUUGUAGCAGAGGUUGAUUGAAUGUUGUCAAAGUGAGAUUAGUUUAGGAUAAAACAAGUAAUACUUAAACAAUGUAUAACAUGUAAUAUUUGUUUAUAACUGUGUAUAAAUUGAACAGACGGGCUUAAUAUAUGACUACAUACUUGUUUUAUCAUUUACAAAUAUUUGUUUGUAAAUAAAUUUAGAAUUUGUUUUCGGAAAAUCUGUUUUGUAUAGCUUUAGAUGUUUAAAGUGAUAGUUUUUAUUUUUAUUUUUUAAAUAAUGGUGCACUUAUACUACAUUUGUUAAUGUUUUAAUGAUUAAAUGCCUUUUUGACAUAUCUGAGCUUCAUCAACGUUACAUGUAUUUUUGAGCAACAUCUUUUUGUACUGUCAAGUACAAAAAUUAGUUAAACACAUUGUUAGGGAAUUACGGUAUAAUUUUGAAUAGUUAAUAAUUACUAAAUGUAAACUGGUGGUAUCCAGUAUAUUCUAUUUUGUGUCUUAUUCUUUAAAAACAAAAUGAAAAGGUUAAGUAUUAAUCCUAAUUUUGAUUGAUAUUUAGAGGAAAUUCGUAAUUGUUUCAAGUAAUGUUAAUUUUCUAGUUUUAUCUUUGAACAGAUAUUUUUGUAAAACCAAAUAAUAGAAGUAUAUAU